GAAACGCUAUUGGUACUUCACAACCGGGAAGAAAGCCUACAGGAGUUCUUGCUUCAACAGUGUUUGAACGGAGCUUCUUUCUUCGUCCCUGUUAUUACUUCAAGAGUCUGCAUUCUAGACACAAAUAACCUUUACUACUUCAACACUACUGGAAAAGUCGACGUAAAGCUUUAUUUUUGUACCGUUUUGUUAAAAACUCAAAAAACGCCAGCAAAAAAUGGAGUCCCAAGUGCGUCAGAACUACCACCGCGACUGCGAGGCCGCCAUCAACCGGAUGGUGAACAUGGAGCUGUAUGCCUCCUACACCUACACUUCCAUGGCCUUUUACUUCUCCCGUGACGAUGUGGCCCUUCCAGGCUUUUCCCAUUUCUUCAAGGAGAACAGCGACGAAGAGAGAGAGCACGCCGAGAAGCUGCUGUCCUUCCAGAACAAGAGAGGAGGACGUAUCUUCCUCCAGGACAUCAAGAAACCGGAGCGUGAUGAGUGGGGGAGCGGGCUAGAGGCCAUGCAGUGUGCCCUGCAGCUGGAGAAGAAGGUCAACCAGGCUCUGCUGGACCUGCACAAAGUGGCCAAUGAACAUGUAGACCCUCAUCUGUGUGACUUCCUGGAGACCCACUACCUGAACGAGCAAGUGGAGGCCAUCAAGAAGCUGGGUGACUACAUCACCAACCUCACCCGCAUGGAUGCCCACAACAACAAGAUGGCAGAGUACCUGUUUGACAAGCACACCCUUGGGAGCAAGAGCUAAACUCCUAGUCCCAAGAGCCGGGAGGGAAAUGUCAAUC